AUGCAGGGUACUGACUACUCUCUUCGAAUGUCUGCGAGUACCCGUGGAGGUCAAGGUCUCUGGUCCCCUUCAAAGCGUUUUCGUACCCACGGCGAGGCGCGCAUAAUCGAUAUGGAAGCCUUUCUCACCACCGGCCCCUCAACUCUCCCUUCUCUUCUGCCUUCCCAACCUGAACAACCCGAGGGUGACCUUGACGUGGUGAAUAGGCGGUCAGAAUACAAAGUUCCUGACAAGAUCGUGGAUUUUCGUGGACAGGGGCUUGUGAAGGCGAUUCGUCUCUCUUGGCGCAUAAAAUGGCGUCGGCAACGCACAUCCCAGAGGCAGGUGGGAUGGUACGAUGGUGACUCAGAUGACAGUGAAGACGAAGUGAUAGUGGAGAGCGGAGAAGGUGUAAAUCAUCUUCCAGAGGCGCCCAAUGUCAUGCUUCGGCUCAUUUGGUGGGAGGGAGAUUCGGAACCAGCUGAGGAAAUGAUCAGUGCCUCGUUCUCCUCUUACACUCUUCACAAUCUGCGUGCCGGAACGCCUUAUCACUUUCGUCUGAUCGCGAUUAUACCUGGUGAAGAUGGACCUUUGGCUCACACCGUGUCUACACCUAAAUAUCGAAAUAAAGACAAUCAAGACGCCUCAAGGAGUCAUCCAAUUCCAGUGAACCUUUUGGUCUAUCGUAUAACUCCGACAGAAGCAACACUUCAGUGGGAACUACCUCCCGAUUCCCAUAUUUCAGGAAUCAUGGGAUAUCAAGUGCGUUACCAGGCAACGCGAAGAUCUGACUCAGAGGGAGAUUUCAUAUCAAUCCUGGCCUCAGCGUUGCCUCCAAAUCUGGUGAAUAUAUCUGACCCCUCAGCCACUGGUGUGACGCUUCGACAUCUACAUCCUGAAACGGUUUAUGAGUUUGCUGUGCGUGCCAUCUCCCGUGUUGGUGAACCGACAAAAUUUUGGAGCAUGGUGCAGGUCACUUGUCUCGUUGUUUUAAUUAGCUUUUUUGUCCCCUCAUUUGGCACCCAACAGAGUGCUGGUGCUGGCUGA